AGAGUGAAGUUGUGUGAUUAAUAUAAGAGGGAGAGAGAGAUUAGAUCUUCCCACCUAUCUUCACUCUUUUCUGACACCGACACAUAUCCGUCCCCUCCACUACUGCCUUAAACCCUAUCUAUUUCUCAACUAGCUUAUGCCUAAUCUCGACAUUAAUCUCCCUCAUUACGCAUCAUCUCCUUCUUUUAUUGGAAACUCCGACUUUUCCUGGAUUUGUACUUCCUCGAUUUGAAUUUUCUCGAGAGGAAAAAAUAUCUAUUCCACAAAAAAAACUUUCUCACUCUCUUUCUCCGUCUUGUCGGUCACGUUUUGUUCCUCGUUGCUAGUAAUCAGCUUUUCUAGAACGCCUCGAGGUGGAAGCUUGAGAUUAUGCUGAAGAAACAAGAGAUCUGUGAAUAUAGAGAUAAAUUGGACAAGACCUUGUCUUCUCCUGAACUCACCAAUCACGACUCUCUCAAAUCUCUUCUCAGAAACCAGCUUAAAGGGUGUAAUGAGGAUAUAUUGGAUAAAAGAACAGAUGGUGUAUCCAAGUUACUUUGCAAGAUUAGCAGUGUAUCCAUGACGGAUCCUCAUGUCUCUAAAUCAACCAGCGAUGGUGAUUGGAAAUUGAAACAUGAUCUUGAAGAUUGCCGUGUGAUGUACCGUGAAGGGCUCGAUGGAAGUCCUUUUCAUACUAUGCUUGUUGAAGGUUACAUGGAUGGGCCUAUCCACGAAUGUUUAUGUGUAUCUUGGGAAACAGCUCUCUACAAUAAAUGGUGGCCACAGUUUUCAUUUCCGCCAUUCAGGAUCUUAAAAAGCUCAUGCUUGCUAAAGGUCGGAGUUGGUGAACAGAUUUGUUUAGCGAGGAUGAAGGUACCAUGGCCAUUGACGGACAGAGAGGUUAUCUUGCAUUACUUCUUUUUUGAAUUCUUUAAAGAUGGCUUAGUUGUCAUCCUUUUGAACACGAUCUCUGAUUUAGAUAGCAUUGGAGUUUCCUCUAAGGACAUUGUUAUACCUGAAUCACCGGAUGCAGUGAGAAUGGAUCUUGUAGGCGGGUUUGUUUUACAAAAGGUUACUCCACAGAGGAGUUACUUCAGAACGAUAGGGGAUAUGGAUAUAAAGCUGGACUUGAUGCCUCCAUCUCUUAUUAAUUUUAUAACUAGGCAGCUCAUUGACAACGGUUUCAGACUCUACAAAAAGUCAGUUGCUUCCGUAGCUAAAUUUGAUGAAGAUUACAGUAGAGCUUUAGAUGAUCCUUUGUACACUAAGAUACGUCAAGCUCUGUAUUCAACUGAUAAAACCAUCGAGGAAGGACCAAAGUUUGAAGUCACUCAAGUAAAUGGCAAUUCUCUGCCAAAGAACGAACACAAUAAUCAUGGAGAUGCUAGUGAAAUCAAACCUGUCCACUACAGAAAAACUAUUUCAGAGAUUAAGGAAGAAGAAGAUUCUUCUGACGAAAGCGUUUCUUCAGUUGAUAAAAAUAAAAUUACCAAGGCUCAUGUUGAUAUGAGAAGACAGUUUUGCGUGAGUCCAGAGGUAGAACAAGCGUUAGGGACCCUAGAUAGAGUUAUAUACAUGGUUAGAAAUAUAACACCUGUCCAAGAAGCCGAGGAAUUGUCGCCUGAUAGAUCAGAGGACAAGGCAAAGCAAGUAAGUUCGUUAGAAAACAUUUUAAGUGUUCCUCAAAAAUCACAGAGGCAAGAUCAUUCAAACUCGACGGUCACACCAGAAGAGACGAGUAAUUUUGGUCAAGAAGAGAAUAGAGAGAAGGAGACAGGACAAGAGAAGGGGGUCGUAAACAAAGGUAAGAGCUCCAGCUUGCAGAGAAAACGUAAAGCUCGCUGCUUUGCUUUCAGGUCCUGGCUCUGAAGGGAACCCCAAAGUUUUCAUUUUCUUGCAAGGGUUUUUGUGAGACGAAUACGAGAAAUAAAUAGGAUCAUGUUUUACCUUUUUAGUCGUAAGUUUCUUCUCAGUUGUAUGAUUUAUGCAAAAGUGUGCGUGCAUUCUUUUUAUAAACUUGUGUGUUUAGAAAAAAAAGAGAUUAUUAUACGAA